AGGCUGGGCCACCUGGUCGCCGGCGAGGGCGACGGCGGGGGGUGGGGGUAGUGAGGACUGCGGCGGAGGUGGCCGCGGGCGGUGUCCGUCCCUGGAGCGCGGGGCGGGCUGUGGACGCCGGUGGAAGAGUCGCUGGCUUUUCCGGGUGAGGACUGGCAUGUUCCUGCAUCAAGUUUGCUUCCGCAGACCUUUUGAUGCCUGACCUUCCUAUACCGAUUACACUCAACAUCUUGUUUAGAAAAUGGGUCCUACAGGACGCCUUGUUACCAUCAAAAGGAGCGGGGCGGACGGCCCCCACUUUCCACUGAGCCUCAGCACCUGCUUGUUUGGAAGGGGUAUUGAAUGUGACAUUCGCAUCCAGCUCCCUGUAGUCUCAAAACAACAUUGCAAAAUUGAAAUCAAUGGGCGGGAGGCAAUGCUGUUUAAUUUCAGUUCCACGAAUCCAACACAAGUCAAUGGAUCUACCAUUGAGGGACCUGUACAACUAAAGCAUGGAGAUGUGAUCACUGUUGUUGACCGUUCCUUCAGGUACGAAAAUGAAAGUCACGAGGACAGAAGGAAGUCAACUGAAUUCCCAGGACAAAGACGCAAACAGGAAUCUCUGCAUCGAGUCUCAAGAUCUAGCCUCUCUUCCGACCCUGACGGGAAGCUUCAAGAUUCCGAUGCCCGUUCAAGAGCCUCUGAAGACAGUGUUUCAGGAAGGCCUCUGAAGAAUGUCCAAGCAGCGGGCACGGUCUCUGGUGGCUGUGAGGACCGGGUUGCAAGCAGAACACCUAAUGUCGUUCAUCCCUCGGAACUUGCUGGAGGUAACUCCAGAAAUACCACGGAUCCUACAGGCAGGGAUUCUAAGGAAGAUUUCAGCAUAACGUUAGCGAGCUGUAAAGGAGACCUGAAGCCUUUACCCUCUACGCGGGGUCUGGAGAAUGGUGCAAACAAUGAAUCUCCCUUUAAGAAGCUUUACGAGUCAAUGAAGGAAGAACUUGAUGCGAAAUCAGAAAAAGGAGAUGUGCUACAGAGCGGUAAAAAAUCCGGAACGCGGAGUCAUCGCCCACCAGAGAAGGAAUGUUCUGGUGGUUUACAAGGUGGGACACAAGUCCCAGUGUCACUUAAAUCCAGACCUAGGUCGGGUCGGAGCACCCAAAUGAAGGCAGAUCCUGCUUUGGGAGAACAAAGUAUUAGCCAGACCGAGGACAGGAGACAAGGUGAGGAGGCUGGGGAGACUCCCAAGGAGACCAGGGGUCCCAUCGUCCCUCCUGAGGAGAUGACAGAAACCAAGACCCUGGCACAACGUUCCCCGCAGACCUCGCGGAAACGUCAGCGUGAAGACAUGACGGUCGCCGGCGGAAGUGCGUCUGUGAAUUUGGAUCAAAAGGAAGGCUUCAGGACAGAUGAUAAUAAGACGUUUACUCCUAGGAAGUCCUUAACCAGAAACCAAACACCCGCUAAAGUCGAAAACGCUGAUAAUUUUGGAGAUACACCAGAAAACCUCUUUUCCAAAAGGAGGAGGAGUAUUCCUACCAGUGUGGACAUUCUUACGCCAGAACCAGAAACUCAGAAUCACGCGAUUUUAGCUCCGUUGCCCGUUCAAGUUGAAAGGAAGAUUCCAAACAGUUCCGUCCACCAGCCUGAGAAAGUGGGCGCCACCGUGGGGCGCAUGCACUCUGGGUUACCUGGUCGUAGUUCAGUUGAUACAAGCAACUUUGGAGACUCCAUCAAUAAGACUGAGGGAACACCCCUGAAAAGAAGGCGGGUCUCCUUCGGUGGUCGUCUGAAGCCGGAGUUAUUUGAUGAAAACUUACCUCCUAAUACACCUCUCAAGAGAGGAGAAACACCCAGAAGGUCACUUGUAAGCCACACUCCACCUGUCCUGAAGAAAAUCAUCAAGGUAGGGUCAACGGACCGUCCUCAAGCAUCGGGAAAAGAAGAUUCUUCCGGACUCCAUUUGGAAGUGACCGCACAACCGCAGUUCGCGGGAUCUCCAGCUCGUGAUCCGACCGGGACUUCUCCAGGUGCCCGUGACCCACGUCGCAGGUCACCCAAGGCGUCCUCGGUCUCCCGCGGCAGCAAAUCUCAUCACACGGAUGUUCCUAAGAGGGGAGGCAGGAAGAGCGGUGGCUUGCUUUCAAAGAGAACCUCCAUCGACCGGAGCCAGCAUGACAUCUUGCAGAGGAUUUAUUCCAAAAGAAGGAGCGGAGCUUCUGAAGCCAAUUUAGUCGUGGCGAAGUCGUGGGCGGACGUAGUGAAACUCGGGGCCAAACAGACCCAGGCUAAAGCGGUCAAACACGGCCCCCAGCGACAGCCGAGCAAAAGGCCAAGAAAAGCGAACACUCCGAAGACGCCUGUUAGCGGCGUUCACAGUGAGUUUAGUACAGGCCAUGCCAACUCUCCUUGUACCAUAAUAAUAGGGAAAGCUCACCUUGAAAAAGUAAAUGUGCCUGCCCGGCCCUACAGAAUGCUCAACAACUUUGUCAUCAACAAGAAGAUGGACUUCAAUGAAGAUCUGUCAGGGUUAACUGAAAUGUUCCAGACUCCAGCAGCGAAAGUGAAGCCACAGACGAUGAGCCUGCGUCCCAGCGCUUUCUCAGAUUCAGAGGACGUUGUCAGAAAAGAGUUUCAAGUACCUGACUCGGGAGAAAAACCUCUGCUAUGCACGUCAGAAACUUUUGGAGAGAAUGUAUUCCCCGUGACUCAGAAUGGACCGCAAGAGCCGUCUGAUAAAAGCCUCGCGAGCCCUGUCCUCAGACGUCAGAGUGUCAGAGUAAAUGUGAACAUUGAGAAAACUCCGGGAUCGGGGGCUCCGAAGGCCACGUCAGGCGCCAACAGGCUUCGAAGGUCCGUGGGGCCCAGAAGUAUACAGAUGCCAGGAGCAGGGCGCAAGGACGAAGAAGCCAAGAUGGACACCGUGGAGAAUGUUCCGGGACGACUUCUGAGGAAGACCCCGCAACGAGAACAGAAACUGGAGGGAGCAGCGAAGGAACAGGAGAGCUAUUUUGAAGCGAGUGAGAACGAUACCGAGCCAAAGGAAAAUUCUGAAGAGGUGGUCGCAGUGAGGAGAUCGAGAAGAUAUUCAGAGCAAAACCAGGAACCAGCUGCAGACCUGACCCCCCUCAAGACAUGGCAAGACACAGAACCCAAGGAAGACCUGGGAGGCAUCCAAGGUCUCCUCCGCACGCCCAUUCGUGUGCAGGAACCAAAGGAGGCUGAGAUUAAAACCGCCGAAAAGCGCCAGAAAUCUUCAAAGUUGGAACUAGCUGGCACGCCAGCCGCAAUGAGCAUACAGCUUGAGACCCCUCCGCAGAAAGCGGACCUGGAGGAAGAGCCCCUGGCUCUCGGGAAGCCCAUCCAGAUGCCAGGAGGAAGCACACACUCACACGGAGAACCUGCAGGUGGUGAUAGAAACAGCGGAUUGUUUAAUAGAACUCCAGAGCAGAAGCUGAGCCCUGCAGAAAAACUACCUGGAAGCAAGAGGCGGCCAAGAACACCCAAGAAAAAGAAUCAUUCUCUAGAAGACCUGGCUGGACUCAGAGAGCUCUUUCAAACCCCAAGCCACACAGAUAAACCAAUGACUGGUCACCAAACCACCAAAGCACCCUGCAAAUCUCCGCUACCAGGACCAGGCAACACGCCAGCGAGUCAAAAGAAGCGGCUUGAGACCCCUCCCCAGAAAGUGGGCCUGGAGGAAGAACCCUCUGCUCUCAGGAAGCCCACCCAGACGCCAGGGGAAAGCACAAACUCACACAGAGAACCCGGAGGUGAUGAUGAAGACAUCAACUUGUUUAACAAAACUCCAGGGCAGAAACCAAAUCCUGCAGUAACUAGAAGCAAGAGGCGGCCAAGAACACCCAAGAAGAAGGCCCAUUCUCUAGAAGACCUGGCUGGACUCAGAGAGCUCUUUCAGACCCCAAACCACACAGAUAAACCAAUGGCUGAUGACCCAACUACCAAAGCACCCUGCAAAUCUCCCCUAGCAGAGCUAGUCAACACACCCGCAAGUCGCAGGAGACUGUGCAAGACCCCUCCGCAGAAAGUGGACCUGGAGGAAGAAGCCUCGGCUUUCCAGAAGUCCACCCAGAUGCCAGGGGAAAGCCCACACAAACAGAGAGAGCCAGUAGGUGGUGAUGAAUACAUCGGAUUGUUCAAGGAAACCCCAAAGCAGGAACUGGACCCUGCAGAAAAUGUAGCUGGAAGCAAGAGGCAGUCAAGAACACCCAAGAAAAAGGUCCAGUCCCUAGAAGAACUGGUUGGCCUCAAAGAGCUUUUCCAGACCCCAGAGCACACUCCAGACCCUGUGACUGUUGACCAAACCACCAGAGUUCCCUGCAAAUCUCCACGAGCAGAACCAGUCAACACGCCAGCAAGUAGAAAUAGGCGGCUCAAGACCCCUCAGAAAGUGGACCUGGAGGAAGAGCCCUCUGCUCUCAGGAAGUCCACCCAGAUGUCAGGGGGAAGCCCACACGAACACAGAGAGCCAGUAGGUGGUGAUGAAGACAUCGGAUUGUUCAAGGAAACCCCAAAGCAGGAACUGGACCCUGCAGAAAAUGUAGCUGGAAGCAAGAGGCGGCCAAGAACACCCAAGAAAAAGGCCCAUUUUCUAGAAGACCUGGAUGGACUUAGAGGGCUCUUCCAAACACCAGACCACACGGAUAAACCAAUGACUGGUGACCAAACUACCAAAGCACCCUGCAAAUCUCUGCUAGCAGGACCAGGCAACACGCCAGCGAGUCAAAGGAGGUGGCUCGAGACCCCUCCCCAGAAAGUGGGCCUGGAGGAAAAGCCCUCUUCUCUCAGGAAACCCACCCAGAUGCCAGGGGAAAGCACAAACUCACACAGAGAACCUGGAGGUGAUGAUGAAGACAUCAACUUGUUUAACAAAACUCCAGGGCAGAAACCAAAUCCUGCAGUAACUAGAAGCAAGAGGCGGCCAAGAACACCCAAGAAGAAGGCCCAUUCUCUAGAAGACCUGGCUGGACUCAGAGAGCUCUUUCAGACCCCAAACCACACAGAUAAACCAAUGGCUGAUGACCCAACUACCAAAGCACCUUGCAAAUCUCCCCUAGCAGAGCUAGUCAACACACCCGCAAGUCGCAGGAGACUGUGCAAGACCCCUCCGCAGAAAGUGGACCUGGAGGAAGAAGCCUCGGCUUUCCAGAAGUCCACCCAGAUGCCAGGGGAAAGCCCACACAAACAGAGAGAGCCAGUAGGUGGUGAUGAAUACAUCGGAUUGUUCAAGGAAACCCCAAAGCAGAAACUGGACCCUGCAGAAAAUGUAGCUGGAAGCAAGAGGCGGCCAAGAACACCCAAGAAAAAGGUCCAGUCCUUAGAAGACCUGGUUGGCCUCAAAGAGCUUUUCCAAACACCAAGCCACACAGAUAAGCCAAUGGCUGGUGACCAAACCACCAAAGCACCCUGCCAAUCUCCACUAGCAGGACCAGGCAACGCUCCAGCAAGUAAAAAGAGGCGGCUCGAGACCCCUCCCCAGAAAGUGGGCCUGGAGGAAGAGCCCCCAGCUCUCGGGAAGUCUACCCAGAUGCCAGGGGAAAGCCCACACGAACACACAGAAUCAGGAAGAGAGGAUAAAGACAUUAAAUUGUUUACCAAAACUCCAGAGCAGAAACUGAAACCUGCAGACAACGUAACUGGAAGCAAGAGGCGGCCAAGAACACCCCCCAAAAAGGUCCAGUCCCUAGAAGACCUGGUUGGCCUCAAAGAGCUUUUCCAAACCCCAGAGCAAACCAAAAAAACAACAGCUGUUGUCAAAACCACAAUAGUGCCCUGCAAAUCUCCGCUAGCAGAAACAGUCAACAUACCAACCCACAUGAAGACACGGCUCAAGGUAGCUCUGGGGAAGAUCACCGUAGAGAACGAGCUCUCAGCUGUCACGAAGCCCACCCAAAGGCCAGAGGAAGCCACACACACACACAGAGAACCAGUAGGGGAAGAUGAAGACAUCAGAUUGUUCAAGGAAACUCCAAAGCAGAAACUGAAACCUGAGGAAGAUGUAACUGGAAGCAAGAGGCAGCCAAGAACACCCAAGAAAAAGGUCCAGUCCCUAGAAGACCUGGUUGGUCUCAAAGAGCUUUUCCAAACCCCAGACCCAGGGACUGGUGACCAAACCACCAAAGUUCCCUGUAAAUCUCCACGAGCAGAACCAGUCAACACCCCAGCAAGUGGAAAGAGGUGGCUCGUGACCCCUCCCCAGAAAGUGGACCUGGAGGAAGAGCCCUCAGCUUUCAGGAAGCCCACCCGGAUGCCAGGGGAAAGCCCACACGAACACAGAGAACCUGGAGGUAAGGAGGAAGACAUCAACUUGUUUAAGGAAACCCUAAAGCGGAAACUGAACCCUACAGAAAAUGUAACUGGAAGCAAAAAGCAGCCAAGAACACCCAGGAGGAACAUCCAGUCUUUAGAAGACCUGGUUGGCCUCAAAGAGCUUUUCCAAACACCAAACCACACAGAUAAGCCAAUGACUGGUGACCAAACCACCAAAGCACCCUGCCAAUCUCCACUAGCAGGACCAGGCAACAAGCCAACCAAUAGAAGGAGGCAGCUCAAGACCCCUCCCCAGAAAGUGGACCUGGAGGAAGAACCCUCAGCUCUCAGGAAGCCCACCCAGCUGCCAGGGGAAAGCCCACAUGAACACGGAGAACCUGUAGGUGGUGAUGCAGACAUCGGAUUGUUCAAGGACACCCCAAAGCCGAAACUGGAGCCUGUAAGAAAUGUAUCUAGAAGCAAGAGGCGGCCAAGAACACCCAAGAAAAAGAUCCAGUCCUUAGAAGACCUGGCUGGUCUCAAAGAGCUUUUCCAGACCGCAGACCCAGUGACUGGUGACCGAACCACCAAAGCACCCUUCCAGUCUCCACUUGCAGGACCAGGCAACAAGCCUACCAAUAGCAGGAGGCGGCUCAAGACCCCUCCCCAGAAAGCUGAUCUUAAGGAAGAGCCCUCAGCUCUCAGGAAGCCCACCCAGCUGCCAGGGGAAAGCCCACAUGAACACGGAGAACCUGUAGGUGGUGAUGCAGACAUCGGAUUGUUCAAGGACACCCCAAAGCCGAAACUGGAGCCUGUAAGAAAUGUAUCUAGAAGCAAGAGGCGGCCAAGAACAACCAAGAGAAAGAUCCAGUCCUUAGAAGACCUGGCUGGUCUCAAAGAGCUUUUCCAGACCGCAGACCCAGUGACUGGUGACCGAACCACCAAAGCACCCUUCCAAUCUCCGCUUGCAGGACCAGGCAACAAGCCUACCAAUAGCAGGAGGCGGCUCAAGACCCCUCCCCAGAAAGCUGAUCUUAAGGAAGAGCCCUCAGCUCUCAGGAAGCCCACCCAAACGCCAGAGGAAAGCACUCACUCGCUCAGAGAAUCAGGAGGUGAUGAUAAAGAUGUUAAAUUGUUUAAUAGAACUGCAAAGCAGAAACUGGGCCCCACAGAAAACGUAACGGGCAGGAAAAAUCGGCCAAGAGCGCCGAACCCCACCCAACCCCUGGAAGACCUGGCCAGUUUCAGAGAGUCCUCCCCGAGGCCGGAUCACACCAAGCAACGGGGUGAUGCUGGUAGCAUCCAGGGAGCUCCAAAGCAAACACCAGACGGAGGGAAACCUGUGAAACCCCUCUCAAGAGUCCGUAGGGCCCCUCGAGGAAAGCCCGUGGAAGAUCUGGCGGGCCACCGAGACCCUGUAAAAUCUCGGAGUGAAAGCAGCGUUUCCCCGUCCCCAAAGAGAAAACGAGGAAACGAGGGAGGUGGCCCAGGAACAAAGAGGCUGCGCUCUGUGACACCUGCCCAGGCCACUGCCGAAGAGAAGCCUCCCGUGAAGAAAAGAAGGGGGGCCCCCAGAGAAGGACGUGACCCCCCUGAGCCCCUGACCGCAAAGAGAAAGCUAAGGAUUGUAGCGGAAAGGAUGGAAGUCCCAGGGGACCUGACCAGCGGCAAGAGGGAAAGCAGGACAGAGGGGCGAGAAGUAGGGAGGACGACGGCCUCUCCACAACAGGCGAUGUCUCUCCGCUCGAGACGGCCAAAUAAAACCAAGCUCGAAGAGCAAAGGCCCGAGCCUGUUAAAGCAGCAGCAGAGAAAGUGAAGACAGACAGAAAUGACAAGAAGCCCCGGAAGACCUCCCAACAGACGAAGCCACAAAGCCCUGAAGGCAGAGCCAAGAGUUCUACACCUGCGGGCCGAGUCCUUGCAAGCAGAAUGUGUCUACGGUCUACAAGACCGAGGAAGGUGCCCUUGCCUGACGUGGCAGAGGAGAAGCAAAGGGAGAAAGGUGUGGGUGUCCACGUGAAGAAUCAGGAGAAAGAAGUAACACGACAUUCAGACGUCAUGUCUUUGAGAUCCAGAAAAGUUAAGAUCCUUCCUGGAGGAAAUGCUUUGGAGAGUGAAUCCCAACAGCGAGUAACUCGGAGUGCCAAGAGAUGUGCAGGAAAUAUAAAAAAGGAUGAGGACAAUGCGUGCAUCAAGAAAAUAAGAACCAGAAGUCGUCGGGACAAUGAAGAUGUUUAGCUAAGACGUUUAAAAGGGGUGGGGGGAAGCGAUACAUUCCAUUUAGUGAUAUGUUUUAGUAGCAUAUUUGGGUCAAUUUAAAAGGGAGUUGUGUAAAUAAUGUUAUUCGGGUGUCUAAGAAAUCUUAGAAUUUUCUAUCUCCAGAUGGCAUAUUCACAGAGGCCUCGUGGAGGUCAUGGAGAAGACUAUCCACCAUCACUCACAGAGUGAUAAAAACGUAAACCUUGGGUUGGGGCGGGUGGGGGGCUUGGGACCUAGAAAUGGCUUUCAACUUGGCAAAAUGUGGCCCUGAAGUUUAUGACCCGUCCGUCCUUGUCAGCCGUGUGUGCCAGCACGUGCCGCACGGCUCUGUAAAUGCGUCACGUGGGUCUGGGUCCCACAUCAGAAUGUGAAAGCAGGGGCUUCUGUCUCUGUGUCCCCAACACUGGGCAGGCACUCAGGAAACGUUAGGGAAUGGGCAGAUUCGAAUGGAUUAAUGAGACGGGUCAGAUAUCUCUUUACAAUGGGGGAGGCUUUUGGCCCCGCUCGCCAUGGCUCUUGGCCAGCUGCACAGGACAGCCCUCUCCUCGGUGUCCCCAGCACUGGAGGGAAUACAAGUGUGACCUGGAGGAAGCUGGUGGCCCCACCUUCAAGAUGGAAGGGGCCACUGAAUUUAAGGACCGACUGGGAGGGGGCCUGCCUUCUUCGCUUGAAGAAUAUUCGUCUCACCUGGGACUGCUCACAUCUGAGAAGGCCUCCACCCCGAGCCUCAGGGCCGUCGGCCAGGGUGCCCCUCGUCCCUGAACAGUGCGGCCUCUUCCGGCUACUCGUGCUUUCCGUCCCGUCUUUUCCCUUUUCCCAACCUCCUGGAUCUGCGCCUGCCUGUGCUUUCUCAGACCACACCUGUCGGCCUGCCUUAGGGCCCCGCACGCCACCUUGUCCAGAGAACAACACAAACCCUCCUCCUAAGGAACGGCCGUGAUUCCCGGGCUGUCCUCAGACCCAGGCCACUGGGCACUUCCACCUUCUCGUGUUCUACUUUGUCUCGUUCCUCUUUCUGUGUCCCCUAAGUUAGAAGGUAGCGCAUCCUCCCUCCGGUCACCUGUCUGAGUCUUCCCCACUCGUCCAGCCGUGUCGAGGCGAGGAUGGGACACAAGACAGGGUAGCUGUCCCCCACGGCUUCCCUGUCUGUCCAUUCUUCUGUCAUUGUGUCUGGCGUGGAGCCAGGUUCACAUAAUAAAAAAUGUUUGCUGAGUGAA